CAUUAGGAACACUUUUGUACGACUUGAAUUAGCGUAAAGGCAAUUUUCAACAACGAAGGUACCCAUUUUGCUUCAUAUGUUUCUCACAUUACUCUCAGUCGUCAGUUUUUAUUCGAAAGCCAUGGCCGAAGCUCGUGAACGUACUUUUAUCAUGAUCAAGCCCGAUGGAGUCCAUCGUGGUCUUGUUGGAAAAAUCAUCAAGCGCUUUGAGGCCAAGGGCUUUAAAUUGGUUGCCAUGAAAUUCAUGUGGGCCGACAAAGCUCUCUUGGAGAAACAUUAUGCUGAUUUGGCAGGACGCCCCUUCUUCCCCGGAUUGGUUGAAUACAUGAGCUCCGGACCCGUCGUUCCCAUGGUUUGGGAAGGCUUGAACGUCGUCAAGACAGGUCGUGUCAUGUUGGGCGCCACAAAUCCCGCCGAUUCCUGCCCCGGAAGCAUCCGCGGUGACAUGUGCAUCCAAGUUGGUCGCAACAUUUGCCACGGAUCCGAUGCCGUCGAGUCUGCCAACAAGGAAAUCGCCUUGUGGUUCACCGAAAAGGAAUUGGUUGCCUGGAAGCCAUGCCAAUCCGACUGGGUUUACGAAUAAACGCGAUUCUAAAA